GUAUGGGCGCGUGCUUCCACAGAGACGUCUGAUCGCGGCACGAGCGCCAUCUGUGUGUGUGUGUGUGGAAGAGAGAGGGAGAGAUAGAGAGCGAGGGGAGGUAGAGAGAGAGAGAGUGGUUUGUGUGUGUGUAUUCAUCUGUUCAUGAGAGAGAGAGAAAAAGCAGCAGAAGAAGAGUUUAAAUCAGUUUACACACACACCGCCUUCAUGGAUGUAUGAGAUCUCCGUCACGCGCAGAGGCGGUUUUCAGUUCCAGUUUCUGUUUGUUUUUCCGCGCCGGCUUCCCAAAAACGCGAAAGCUCGCCCCCCACCACCAACACCACCUUGUGCACAAUGCGCGGUGUGUGUGUCGGUGUCGGUGUGUGUAGCUGAGGGCGGACCACCAUGGCCGAGCCGGAGGCUGCGGACACGGCGAGACCUGCGCGAGACUUUCCCUCCGCUGCGCCGCGUGAGAGCGAUGAUGCGGCGGGCACGCGCGUGCUCCUCAACCCGGCCACUGCUGCCGUCCUCACUGGCGUACCCGGAGCGCGUGGAGCCGAGGCGGUACACAGUAACGGCGGACACCGGAGCCGAGACAGCUCGGCGGAGAGGAGCCAAGGAGCAGGGAACGCACCUUGCGGCAUCAUGAAGAACAACUCAAAGCAGCGACAGGUGAGGAAGAAGACGGUGUCGUUCAGCUCCAUGCCGAGCGACCGUAAGAUGAACAGCACGGCAGCCUGCAUGGCUUUUAUGUUGGAGGGAUGCGAGAUGAAAAAGGUCCGCUCCAACUCACGCAUGUACAACCGGUACUUCCUACUAGAUCCAGACUUGCGUUGGCUUCGCUGGGAACCUUCGAAAAAGGAUUCUGAAAAGGCUAAGCUGGAGAUCAAAAGUAUCAAAGAGGUGCGGUUAGGAAAGAAGACCCCCGUCCUACGCAGCAACGGUCUCUCAGAUCAGUUUCCAGAAGAGUGUGCUUUCUCGAUCAUUUAUGGAGACAACUACGAGUCUUUGGAUUUAGUGGCGAGUACAGCAGAUGUUGUCAGCACCUGGGUGAUGGGACUGCGCUAUCUGGUCUCUUACGGGAGGCACAUGGUGGGAGUGGUUGAAGCCACUCAGCCGAGCUUAAGAACAUCCUGGAUUGGCUCAGUGUUCGAGUUGGCUGAUGUCGGGAGGCAGGGAUACAUCGACCUGUUCCGUGCCACACAGAUUAUCAAGGGGCUCAAUCCGGGCAUGAAGGAGUCACGGAUUGAGCUGAAGUUUAAAGAACUUCAGAAAGCCAAAGAACGCUAUGGCGAGGCCAUUGACCUAGAUCUGUUCGUAGAAUCAUAUUGUGAAUUGUGCACAAGACCUGAGAUAUUUUUCCUGCUUGUGCAGUUCUCUAGCAACAAGGAGUACCUGGAUUCAAAGGACUUAAUGAUGUUUGUGGAAGUUGAGCAGGGUGUUGAGGGAGUGACAGAAGAGAUGUGCCGUGAAAUUGUGAGAAAAUAUGAGCCGUCGGCUGAAGGUCGCGAUCACGGCUACUUAUCUAUCGACGGUUUUACACAUUACCUCUUGUCAUCGGAGUGCCACAUUUUUGACCCACAGCACAAAAGCGUUUGUCAGGACAUGACACAACCUCUGUCUCACUAUUACAUCAACUCCUCACACAAUGCUUCUUUGCUGGAGGACCAUUACUGGGGGUCCUCAGACAUUAGCAGCUAUGUCCGUGCCUUGCGCAUGGGCUGCCGCAGCAUAGAGGUGGUGGUAUGGGAUGGCCCUGACUGUGAGCCUGUAGUCUACGUAGGCAGCUCUGUGGCCUCCCAGUUGGCUUUCUCAAAAGUCCUGGAUGUCAUUAACCAGUAUGCCUUUGAGAGCUCAGAGUACCCACUUAUUCUGUGCCUAGUGACACACUGCAGUGUUCCACAGCAGAGGGUCAUGGCCCAGCACAUGAAGAAGAUCCUGGGGGACAAACUCCACACAGAGCCUCCCAGUCCUGAGGAAAACUAUCUGCCCUCGCCAGAGAAACUAAAAGGCAAGAUACUUCUGAAAGGGAAAUGCCUUCCACCAGACAUACAAGAUUCUGAAGGGGAGGUGACUGAUGAGGAAGAGGGGCUUGAGAUGUCACGGCGUGUGGUGGGAGCAGACGAGAAGGACCAUCUCAAUGGUUUUGGUUGCAAGAGGCUGCAACUUUGUAAAGAAUUGUCAGAUCUUGUCACCCUUUGCAAAUCGGUCCAAUUUAGAGAUUUUGAGUCCUCAAAAAGGGAACAAAAAUACUGGGAGAUAUGCUCCUUCAAUGAGGUGGAUGCUAAUCGCUUUGCUAAUGAGUACCCUGAGGACUUUGUGAGUUAUAAUAAGCGAUUUCUAUCAAGAGUAUACCCAACUCCCAUGCGCAUUGAUGCCAGCAAUAUGAACCCACAGGACUUUUGGAAAUGUGGCUGUCAGAUCGUGGCUAUGAACUACCAAACACCAGGCCUGAUGAUGGACCUUAAUUUGGGUUGGUUCAGGCAAAAUGGCAACUGUGGUUAUGUGCUUCGCCCUGCCAUAAUGCGCGAGGAGGUCUCGUACUUCAGUGCCAAUGCCCGUGACUCUUUGCCUGGUGUAUCUGCCCAGCUGCUCCAUAUCAAGGUGAUCAGUGGCCAAAACUUGCCAAAACCUCGUGGUUCAGCAGCAAAAGGUGACGUCGUAGAGCCAUACAUAUACGUAGAGAUCCACGGGAUCCCUGCUGAUUGUGCUGAGCAGCGCACAAAGACUGUAUCACAGAGUGGUGACAAUCCUAUUUUUGAUGAAAGCUUCGAGUUCCAGAUCAAUCUCCCUGAACUAGCAGUUUUGCGUUUUGUGGUUCUUGAUGAUGACUACAUUGGGGAUGAGUUCAUUGGCCAGUACACCAUACCCUUUGAGUGUCUGCAGCCUGGAUAUCGUCAUGUACCACUGCAGUCACUUACAGGAGAGUUUUUGCCCAAUACCACGUUAUUUGUUCACGUGGCCAUUACGAACAGACGUGGUGGGGGCAAAGCUCACAAGAGGGGUCUUUCGGUGAGGAAGGGUCGCAAGGCAAGGGAGUACACUUCAACCAAGACCACCGGGAUCAAAGUGAUAGAUGAACUCUUCAGGGCUUCCACGCAGCCACUUCGGGAGGCAACAGAUUUGCGGGAAAACGUGCAGAACGCAAUGGUGUCAUUUAAGGAGCUAUGUGGCUUGACCCCAGCGGCUAACAUGAAGCAGUGUAUCCUGACCGUCUCAACAUGGCUGCUGAACAGCGAGAGGUCUCUUCGUAUCACUGUGGACUUGAGCGAGUCCUACCCCACCAUGGAGGCCCAGGGUGCUAUCCCGGAGCUACUGCGCAAAGUCCUUAUGGCCUACGACACGAUGAUCCAGACGAGUCGUACUCUGAUCGAAUCAGCAGACAGCGUCUACUGCAAACUUACCCAGUCGCAACGAGCAGGGUUGGAUUUCCAUGAAGAUCUGCACCGGAUCGGCUCUAAGGAGGGACUGAAGGGUAGAAAACUGCAGAAGGCCAUGGAGAGCUACGCCUGGAACAUUACCGUCCUCAAGGGCCAGGCGGACUUGUUGAAGCACGCCAAAUCCGAGGCGAUGGACACUCUGAGGCAGAUCCACUACGCUGCUCACUCUUGCGGCCUGGCCAAGAACGGAGCCUCCACUUCACCUGCCUCGCCUUUGCUGCCUCCUUACCCGCGGUCCCUAGGAGCCUUACACACCAUCCCUGAGACGGACUACCCCAGCACAGACACAAAUACCCUACACUGAUAUAUCUAUAGACAGCGAGAAAGAGAAAGAGGGAGGGAACCAGACAGGACAGGUGACCUUGAUAAAGGUGGGAACAAAAAAGCAAUGUCUUCAAGGACACACAGAGAGAGAGAGAGAGAGAGAGAGAGAGAGAGAGGGAAUAAAAGACUGGUGAUGCAUUUAAAGAAAGCAGGUCUGUACAGAUUGCUCCACAGUUCUGUCUCUGCAGCUAGUCGCUAGACAAGUGGAAAGCCAAGGACUCUGAGGCGUCUGUAAUCUAUAAGGAGAAGAUGGAAACAGCUGCUUUAGGUUACUGUAUGAACUUGGGUUAAACCUCUAACCCGAGCCUCUUACACCAUAACCUAAUGCUAGUUCUCACCUUUGAAAGUUGUUUGCUCGCUGUAAAGACCAGGAACGUCUCAUAAAUCUUAUAAUAGUAAUAAUGCAUCAAGGGCAGGCUGUAAUAAAGGCACAUGGAUGUACCGUUUCAAACACACACACACACACACACACACAUUCAUUCAUUCAUAUUUUAUUUUACUUUAUGUUUAUAUUUCUGGCCUUUGGACUUUUAUCCAGGUUUUUUUUUUUCCCCAGUGUGUGAAACUGUGUUAUCUGUCUCUCCUAAUACUCUCUACAGUGUUCGAACUGGAACUUUGGACUUCUCCUCUUGAGACAGACUGAACUCAAAACACAGCACAGAGACUCAGACAAGCAAAUAAUUUGGAAUUGUGAACGAAUUCAGUCGAUAAUUUUAGAACUAAUUAAAGGACUAUUUACAGUCAAGCUCUGAACAAUUCACGCUGUUUGUGAACAAAGUGACUAUUGUAAUAACUACUGUAACUAUUGUGGGUAGGUAUAUUAAUAAUGCAGUUAUUUUAUAAUUACAGUAUGUCCUGCUGUACCCAUAGUCAAGAUGUCACUGGAAUGGAAAAGGUUAAAGGUUACAGGCGGAACAGGGGGAAAAGGAAUGAGGGGGGAUUUUUAGAGGAUGAGUAACAGAUGUUGUGGCAUCUGCAGAAUAACACCUCAUUUUUUUUCUUUCAUUUAUUAAGCCCGUAAUAUAUUAUAAAAUGGAACAGCACUAGAA